AUGGCGGCCAACCAAACCGAGCAGACGAUGUUUGAGGGGGAGCUCAUGCCCCAGCCAGAGCGUGACGUCUUCCUGGUCAUCGGCUGGCUACUGGUCAUCAACGGCGUCUUCGGCAACGUCGUCAUCAUCGUGACCUUGUUCACGUGCAAGAGCCUGAGGUCAGUCCACCACCUGUUCAUUGGGAACCUGGCUGUGGCUGAUCUCAUUAUAGAGGGCUACUUCGCCACUUUCUUCUUGGUGGACAUUAGCAUCGGGUAUCACCCAGUUGUAGAUAUGACCAACUGCAUCAUUAACGGCUACAUUGUUGUCGUCUGCUACAUGUGCAGCCUAUGGACCCUGGUGAGCAUCAGCUUCAACCGUUACCUCCACAUCUGCCACAACUCCAUCUUCAAGGCGCUGUUCUCAGACUCACGGACCAAGGGUCAUCUGGUGCUUGUCUGGGUGUGGGCAGGUAUCGUAUCCCUGCCACCUGUGCUAGGGUGGGGCCGCUACAGCUACGACCCCAAGACUCACUACUGUGGAUUCGAUCGCCUGUCCAGUCGCUCCUUCACCAUAGUGCUAGCCACGUCCAGUGUCGCCCUGCCCUGUCUUCUCGUCUGCUACUUUAACUUCGCCAUCUACAGAUACGUCAGGUCUGCAGGUAAACGAAUACAGAACUGGGAUGUUUGUCUGAAGCGGCGUGUAUCCAAGUCAGACAUCAACAUGAUGAAGUCUCUCUUCGUCGUCUUCGUCUGUCUGGCCGUCUUCAUGACGCCCUACAUGAUGUCCCUGCUCAUCGACACGGACAACAGCUGGCCGUCCACGGCGCACGUGGCCUGCACCUGCACGUCCAUCCUCAACAGCAGCAUCAACUGGCUGUUGUAUGGUCUCAUGAACCACCACUUUAGGCACGGUUAUAAGGAGCUGCUGGAUGGCAGCAUCAACUGGCUGCUGUAUGGUCUCAUGAACCACCACUUUAGGCACGGUUAUAAGGAGCUGCUGGAUGGAUUUCUCCGACUCGUCGGUCUAAAGACUCGAGAGAGUACCGAGGGCAGCGAGUUGAAGCAGAAGCAGGAGAACACGCUAGAGAGUACGUGUUGA